AUGUUCGAAACCAAUCCUUAUGCGAGUGGACUACCGCAAUCAAUAGAGCUUCAAGAUUUACUUAUGUGUGAAUCACUAUUUGAUGAAUUCACCACGACAAAUAAUUUGAGUAAUAAUCCAAAUACAACGCAACCACCUUCGACUACAAUGUCGGAGUUUGAAGCUCAAAUACAAGCAAUGUUAGCUGCAAAUAGUAAUAAUAUCGAAAGUUCUAACGAUGGUCAUAAUCAAAUUUUUAAUAACUAUCAAUAUCCUGUAUCAACUUUGCCUACCGAUACUCUAUUUAAUUCAUCGGACAUAUUAGCUUCUCUAAAUUCUCAUGAUUCAUUCUUAAAUUCACCCAGUUCUUAUACUACGAUUGACGACAAUUGUUCCUUAGACACUCUUUCUCCACCACAAUUUAAUUCCUUACAAGAUUUUACUAUUUCACCGAUCGAUGCUAAUGUUCAAGAAUUUUGUCAAGACUCUUCUAUGGAAGGAUCUCCUUUUGAACUAUUAACUUCAAAAAAUGAUCUUGACGCACUUAACUUAAUCGCUUCUCAGCAGUUUGAUAAUGCUAAAAAGCGCGCUAAUUUAACAUUUGAUCGUGAUAGUAUUUCACCUGAUAAAUCAUCAAAAAAGAAGCGUAAAAAUCUAAAUAGUGUGAUUGGUAAAUCUAUUAAAAAAUCUUCCACUGGAUUGAAAUCUUCGGGACAUCCAACUUCUACUUCAGGAACUGAGUUUGUUAAAGGUGAAUUAAAUUCUUCAGAUGGUACUCAAAGUAUUGUAGUUCCUAGUUCUCCCGUUAUUUCUUCAGAUACUUCAAAUUAUGCUACAAACUCGAUGUUGGCAUUUAAUCAAGGUGCUUGGAAUCAAUCAGCUCAAACCGUUAAUCCUUCCGCAACGAGUUUCGUUCCCGAUGGGAUGAUCGAGUUUACGAAUAUACCUUUACUUGUCGCGCGUGAUAGUUCUCCUGCUGCCAAGUUGCCAAUAAAUCGUCUUAAAUCUACAAUCUCUAAUGCACAACCACAACAAAAUUUCCAAUCACAGCCAAAUAAACAACAGAAGAAAGUUGCCCAUAAUGCCAUCGAGCGUCGUUAUAGGAAUAAUAUUAAUGAUCGUAUUAAUGAUCUUAAAAAUGUUGUUCCUGCACUUUGUCAUCUCAAAAGUAAAGAUGAUGAUGAAGUCAGUGAAGUUGAUGGAAUUCCUGCUGCCACCAAACUGAAUAAAGCAACAAUUCUUAGGAAAGCAACCGAAUAUAUUAAUUACUUAAAGAACAGCAAUCAAAAACUUAAACGUGAAAAUGAUACUUUGAGGAAAUUGAUUGAAGCUUUACCCGGUGGUACUGAAUUAUAUAAUGCUUAUAUGACAGAACAAGUUGCUAACUCUAAUGAACAUAAUGAGCACACUGGACAGUAUACACCACCUACAUCAGCUGAAAGUUCUCCAAGUUCAUCUCAUCCUGGUUCACCACAUCAACAGGAUUAUGAUUAUUCUACGCCACCGACCCCUCCAACCGGAAAUACUGGUUCAAGAGCUCUAAUGGCUUUAUUCAUUUCAUUUAAUGCGAGCGAUGGUACAUUAACCAUCGACAUUUGGUAUUUGAUAAGGAUUUUCACUUUUCUCAUGUGUCUAACUUAUAUUAUUCGACCUUCACUGUUUUCAAGUCAACCACGUCGUUUACGUAAAUCAAAUUCGAUCAUCACAUCUGUAUUAACCGCUAAAACUAAAGAUGCUAAAGCACUUUAUCGAUCUCUUUCAAGUCUUUCAAAUGGACCUCCUUCCAAUUUAUUAGAACUUAUUAUUGGACUCAUUUCAGAAUCCAUUAAAUUUUCUCUGAGAAGAUUCAUGGGAUGGGAUAUUACAGGUGGUUAUACGCUUACAGAUGUUGAAGAAAGACUUAUGGAGGUAUCGCUAUGGGGAAGAAUUGGUGAGGUUGAACUAUGUGGCGGCAAUGAUAAAGCUUCACGUCUAUCAAUCUUUUACACUUGUCUUCGCACCAUUAAUCUUUUAGAAAGUUCUUAUACUACGAGAAAACAUAUCUAUCUUAGUCCGUCACGUAUUUACGCUAAUGCCGCAUUACAGAGUUAUAUUGGACUUUCAAGUUUUCCAUUCCUUGCAGAAAAAGCUGCUUCACAAUUUUGGAAAUUAGCAAAGAAAGAAAUGGGACACGGAAGUGGAAAAGAAGAAAAAUGGCUUGAAAUCGCCUUGAAUAGUGAUCAUCAAAGUGAAAUGUGGAAGGGAGUUGUUAAUAGAAUUAGUGAUUACAUUUUCCUUUAUUCAAAAAGGAAAAAUGAUGAAAAAUCACACAUUGGACUGAUGAAAAAUAUUACGAUUCCUUUAACACUUGUAACGGAUGUUCAAGCAUUAAUUUAUCUUAAACAAGCUUUUUAUAACUUUAUUUCUCUAAAAUAUACCGGUAAAAAGAAAUCAUCGAAAAAUCAACAGAAUCAACAGCCAUUCUCCUUUGUUGAAAUAGUAAGAGACACCACACCUAAUUCAUUAACACAUUGGUAUGCAUUAGUUGGUUGUAGUAUUGAGGCAUUUUCUUCAGGGCAUAAUUCACUUGGAAAAAAUUUCGUUAAUAGACUUAAAGAUUAUCCAACAAUUAAAUCAGAUGAAAAUAAUUAUAAUAAACAGAUCAUUGCUAUGGGAUUACUUUCAUAUGCAUUAUUAAUGCAUGGGAAAGUUGAAGCUUCAAUUAGAUGUGCUGAUAAAGUUAGCCUUGCGAUGGCCAAAAGAAAAGAACAAAGAAGUGAUGACGGUAGCGUAGAAGGAAAAAUUGAAUUAUUAGAUGAAUUGAAUAAUUCUUUUGAAAUAAUCCAAAUGAUACAUGAUGUUCAAGAUUUGGCAGAAUUUUGUGUUGGAUGGAUUGUAUUAGAGGCAAGAAGUUUAAGUUGGAAGAUUGUUGAAGGGCUAGCUUCUUCAAGUGAUAGCACGAAAUCAUCUGCCAAAGGAGAAAAAGAAAAUGCAUCAUCAACGAAUUUGCCUUCUACCACAACAUCGAAUUCAUUGACAACGAUGACAAACAAAACCACCACAUCCACAUCGAAUAUUACAUUACCCGAUGUUCUGGAUAGAGAAAGAUUACAAAAUACAAUAAUUCUAUGGAUAAGGUGCUUGAGAAGGUUAUCAAAAAAUUCUGUAUUUGAAGGUAUAACCAAACUACGUGAAACAUUUAUAAAGAAACUGGUUAUACUUGAAAGAAUUGUUAGUGGUGAUUACGAUGAUAGUGAUGAUGAUUUGGAAUUAUCAAGUGGUGAAUGUGAAUGUGAAUUGUUAGAUGAUGAAAAUAAUUGUCCACAUAAACGUAAUCUUGAUGAUAAUUCGCGGUCAUUGGGUGAAAGCGAAAACAGGGCCAUUAAAGCUUGGAGUAUAUUAAAAGGAAUGUAA